AUGAGAAAAAUUAUUGAAAAUACUCAUUUGUUACUCACUUUCAUGUUAUUACUAAUGAUGACCUGUCUGGAAGCAAAAAAUGAUGAGAGUCAAUAUAAUUUGGAAAACAACCCCUUUCUUGAGUGUGGAGAGAAUAGUUUUGAAAUUUCUUUGAAUAUUGGUGACAUUUUUGAUGGCAUUAUUUUCGUUCACGGUCAUUUGAACGAUCCUAAAUGUCACAGUCGAUCAAAAUCUCAAAAGAAAGUUAAUGAUAGCACAGUACGCUUCUUUUUUGAUAACUGCGGUAUUUCUAAUAAUACAAUCUUGAAACAUAAUGGAGUUCUAGUGCAAACAAAAAUCAUUGUUGCCCACAAUAAGGAUUUUCUUACCAAACAUGAUAAGGUGUUCAUUCUACAAUGUUUCUAUAAAGAAAGCACUCGCUAUCUACAACGUGAAAUCAAAGUCAAUAUGAAACCAGCAGUGUUACAAACUAAGAUGGUGGAUAUGCCCACAUGCAAGUAUGAAGUCUUAGAUGGAUCUCCGUUCGGACCACCAGUCUACUACGCUAAAGUUGGACAACCUGUCUAUCAUAAAUGGUCAUGUGAGUCAGCUGUUAACAAUACAUAUUGCAUGAGAGUUCAUUCGUGUUAUGCUGAAAACGGAAAUCGAGAGAGAGUUCCUCUUCUGAAUCAACAAGGAUGUGCACUAGAUAAGUACCUGCUCACUAAUUUGGAAUAUCCUGACGACUUAUUGGCGGGACGAGAAGCUCACGUAUACAAAUAUGCCGAUCAAGACCAUAUACUGUUCGAUUGUCAGAUAACUCUGACUAUCAAAUCUCUGUAUGCUGAGUUCUGUGAGAUUCCAACUUGCCCAGAUCCACCAAGGAGGAAAAGAGAUCAAACCAUUGGUUUACAACAAAUUUCCAUAGAGAGAAAUGAAAAGGACAAAAUCGAUAAUCAGACAGCCACAUACAUAGAUGAAAACAACACAGAACUAGAGAACAAUAUAUGCUUUCGUCAUUCAGAAUUAGUCAUGGUCAUAUCAACCAGCUGUUUCUUGGUGCUGAUGGCCAUGGGUCUUACUAUACACACAUUCUAUUAA